AUGCCCCCGUUCCUCCCCCGCAAACGUCUGCGAUCAGAAUCACUAGAAGCCGGACCCUCAAAUCCCGCGCCGGCGAGGGGCAAGGCCAAGUCCAAAACCACCACUCCCCGAAAACCCACCCUCUUCGACGACCUAGACGCGGGAACUGGUUCAAAGAGAAGUGCCACGCACAAGAAAGCAAUCCUCGAGAAACUGGCAGCCGGUGACGAAGACGACGAAAGCUCUCUUUCCUCGCUCUCGGAGCCAGAAUUCGAAGAUGUGCCUGUUGCGAAACGGCAGAGGCCCAACGAGGAGGAGGGCGACGACGACGACGACGACGAAGAUGACGAGGAGGAUAUGGAAUUCGAGGAUGUGGAAACAAAUCCCAUACCCAGAUCCGCCGGCCCCGAACCCUCGGGCGAUCUCGAAUUGGUGCUGCACAAGGACGACCGGGUUUCGAUCACGAAUCCGCUGGGCUCCAAGAAGGGACCGAGUAAGAUCGAGAGGGGGAUUCGAGUUGCGACGCACCAGAUGCAUGUGCAAGCGCUGAUGUUCCACAAUGCCCUACGCAAUGCGUGGUGUUGCGACAAGGAGCUGCAGGAGAUUCUGGUGAAGCAGCUGUCGCCUCGUGAAGCGCAGGCUGUGGAGAAGUGGAGGCGUGAUAGUGGGCUUGCCUCGAGGGAGGAUGUGCAGUCGACAGGAGGGAAGGGGAAGGGGAAAGCUAAGGCUGCGAAGGGCAAGAAGGCUGAUCCGAGAAGUCAGAGGGAUUGGGGUGAACCUGCUGGGAGACUGGCUGAAGGGACGGUCAACAUGAGUGCGGGCGAUCCACUCUUCACGCUGAUGAAACAUUUGAUGAAGUAUUGGAGAACUCGAUUCAGUAUCCAGGCACCUGGUUUGAGAAAGCUGGGAUACAUGUCGCUUCAGAGAUUAGACGAGGAGACCAAGAGCUUCAAGGAAGAUGAGCACGAUCCGGAGCGACACGGCGAACGGAUACGAAACCUCAAGGAAUUCCGGAAGUGUGCAGAAGCGAUGGAGGGUAGUCGCGAUGUUAGCUCUCAGCUAUUUACUGGUUUAUUGAGAGGUCUGGGAAUCGAAGCUCGCCUAGUGGCAAGUCUGCAGCCACUGGGAUUUGGAUGGAGUCAGGUGGAGGAGGCGAUGGAGAAGAAUCCUCGAGUUUUGAAGGUCAAGAAAACCAAGAAACCCGUCGAUAUUGCCGAUCACGAUCCCGAAGAUGACACUAGCUCCAGCGGAGAAGAUGAAUCUUGCAGACCUGCAAACAAAGGAAAGGGUCCAGCCAAGCCGACGAAGCUACAAAAGCCUACCCCAAGGCCUGGCAAGCCAUCCCGAGAUAGUGGCGUCAAAGAGGCGCCAAUAGAUCUUUCGGACUCUGAAGAUCUGGACGUGGACAGUGAUGGAGUGGAAGAUGUCACGCCAAGACGCAGGCCGGCGAAACGACCAGAUCUGGCAUAUGAUACGGACUUGCCGCAUCCUCAUUAUUGGACGGAAGUUUUAUCACCAGUGACCAACACGUACACACCUGUUGAUCCGGUCGUCCUCCACGUAUGCGCUUACAACCAACAACUCGUCGAGAAAUUCGAGACCCGCGGUGCGAAAUCAGAGAAAGCGAAGCAGGUCACAGCUUACAUCAUCGGGCAUUCUCCGGACGGAACGGCAAAGGAUGUCACUACUCGGUAUCUCAAGCGUCAUGUCUGGCCGGGCAGAACGAAAGGAUUCCGGUUGCCUGUCGAAAAGGUCCCCGUAUACAACCGACAUGGCAAAGUCAAACGUUACGAGCAGAAGGAUUGGUUCAAGCAAGUCAUGAGUGGCUACGUCCGAGGAUCAAAGAAGUGUCCACGAACCGAAGUCGACGAUGAUGAAGAAGCGGCUGAUCUCAAACCUGUGAAGGCGGAAAGGAAAGAGGUCGAAGAAGGUAAAGAGACGUUACAGUACUACAAAUCUUCGCCAGAUUUCGUCCUUGAACGACAUUUAAAGAGGGAAGAAGCCCUGCUCCCUGAAGCACAGCACGUCAAGAUGUUUACUGUGAAGGGCAAAGGGGAAGCGAGCACGGAAGAAAAAGUCUUUCGGCGGAAAGAUGUGGUCAAUUGUAAGACGAUAGAGACCUGGCAUAAGGAGGGUCGGGCCCCGAAAGAGGGGGAACAGCCUUUGAAGCGGGUCCCGUAUCGAGCUGCGACUACGAAUCGGAGACGUGAGCUCGCUGAAGCAGAACAUGCAAGUGGAGAGAAGGUAUUGCAGGGCCUGUAUUCUCGGGAGCAAACGGACUGGAUCAUUCCGCCCCCUAUCGAGAAUGGAGUCAUCCCCAAAAACGCUUUCGGUAAUAUUGAUUUAUAUGUUGAUAGCAUGCUUCCAGCAGGAGCAGUACACAUCCCACUGCGGGCUACUGUCAAGAUCUGUAAGAGGCUUGAAAUUGACUAUGCGGAAGCUGUCGUUGGUUUUGAAUUUGGCCACAGAAUGGCAGUGCCGAUCAUCUCGGGUGUCGUAGUCGCUGAGGAGCACCACGAUACGAUCAUGGAAGAGUGGCACAAAGAAGAGGCUGAGCGUGUAAGGAAAGAGGACGAGAAGUCACGGAAGAUGGUCUUGCAUACAUGGAGGAAGAUGUUGAUGGGACUGCGGAUUGUGGAGAGAGUCCGAGGGGAGUUUGGAGAUGCUGAUGAGGAAGCCGAUGUUUUGAAUCCGUGGACGAGAGAGAAGAAGCAGACUGCCGAUGAUCGCGAAGCGGAAGCCCAGGAGCAGAUUAUGGAUCGGGAUGAUGAGGAUAUGGCCGGUGGGUUUUUGCCGGAGGGUUUUGAUGCUGAGGAGACAGAGCCGCCGCAAAGAGAAAGCUUCUUUCCUGUUACUCGUGAGGACGAGGAUGAGGAAUCAGGUGGUGGAUUUGUUGUCGAGAACUAUGAGCAAAGACCAAAGGCUGGCCAGGCAUAUGCCACGCCGCAGUCACUCGAGAUCAGUUCGAAAGGAGGCGCCGCCUCAGGAGACGAUGCUGGUACGGGAGAUGAGAAGGCGACUACUCCAGCACCGAAGAAGCGGGGACGGCCAGCAGCUGGAUCCAGCAGCAGCAAAACGGCAACAAAGCCGAUCGCCAAGCGCCCCCUUGCGUUGCAAAAGCCUGCCGGCAAGGGGAAGCAGAAGCAGAAGCAGCAGAUGCACGACUUGGAGAAUUACGAGACCGACGAUCUCUCCUCGCCGCCCCCUCUGGACGAGGGGGAAUCGGAAGAAGAAGAAGAGCCGCCCCAGAAGAAACGCAGGCAUGCAAUCUCGCGGGCCAAGGCUACCGAUGCUGCCCCUCGCAGGACCCCGAGGAGGCAGGCUGCGCGGAAGAGCGAGACGGCAUUAAAAUCGCACUAUUUUGAACAUGACGAUGAAGAUGAAGAUGAGUGA